CGGUCUUGGGUUAUAAUUAUUAUAUUACUACUUCAUGCGCUGUGCUCAUAAUGGUCUCUCCCAUAAGCAAGGAUAAAGCAAGAAGCAACUCAGCAUCUCAUAAUAAUCCGCUCACUUUCAUUACACGUCAGACGCUUAGUAGUAGUAGACGCAAUGGAGUCGUGGGACACUUAUUCGCUAAUAGCACUGCUUAUAAUUUUCUGCGCAUUAUUCAGCUUUUUCAGCAGAUGGACCAAAAUUUUAUAUCUUCACGUUUUAUCGCCGAUACUCGUAAAACCAAAGGACCUCGUAAAGCUGUAUGGACCUUGGGCAGUUGUUACUGGGGGCUCCAAUGGAAUCGGCAAAAAUUUGGCUAAGGAACUCGCGCGAAGAGGAGCUAACAUUGUUUUAAUAAGCAAUGAAAAAGAGAAAUUGAGCACAGUUGCGGAGGAAAUUAAGACCGAAUGUGGUGUUGAAACAAAAGUCAUAUUUGCAGACUUCAGCCAUGCAGACGAAGAGUACACACACAUUUUCGACGCUAUAAAAGAUCUUGAUGUUGGAAUUUUAGUGAACAAUGUAGGCACUGCGGGAGGCCUGCCAGGACUUUUUGAAAACAUGACCCGUAAGCAAAUGUGGGACCUUACGAUGAUCAAUGUUUGUGCCGCCACUUCUAUGACUCACUUCGUUUUGCCCAAGAUGAAAUCGAAACGUUGCGGUCUCAUUGUCAACAUCGCCUCCACCGCUGGAAUGUUUCCCACGCCCUUUGCAACUCUUUACGGAGCCAGCAAGGCUUUUAUGAUGAGCUUCUCUGACGCAUUGAGGUAUGAAUGCAAAGGCACUGGGGUAGAAAUCCAAACGAUUCACCCGGGCUUUGUGGACACCAACAUCAUAGACAGUAACGCAAAAAGCACACCUAGUAUUUUCUUCCCAACACCUGAAAAAUUUGCGAAAAAUCUUUGUUCCAACAUCGGGGUUGUCAGCUCAACUGCAGGAUACAUGGCUCAUGAUAUUCAGUGUGUCUUUGGUGAAAUGCUGCCGAGAUGCGUGCAGAUUUGGCUUGGAGCAAAAUAUUUUGAGGUGAAGAAUUUCCACGCCAACGAGCAGAAAGAAGAGUAGUUAGACUAUGUUUCCCAACACUGAUUUUAUCUUACUGUUUUGCUAGUUAAACAAAUUCAAAAUUAAAGCUCGGCAAAUUACUUAUGUUUCAAUCUGCGCAAAUAAACACCAUGAUUUUUUUAA